GGCAGCCCGCAGAAGUUCGGGGUGGCGGCCGGGAGCCUGCGCGGGUUGCUGAGGAAGGGCUGCCGGCUGCUGCAGGUGAGGGGCGGACCGGGACGGGACGAUACCAGGCUGGGAUGCCGCUUACCGAUGCUGGACGGGACCGCGAGUAGCGGGUGCCGCAGCUCCGGGCUAGGGCUAGAGCUGCCCGUCGAGACGCGUGCGGAGCUGCAGCCGCUGUGGUCGGGGCCGCCCGGAGCCGGGGUCUCACCCAGAUCAGGGGUCCCGCUCGGAGCCGGGGUGGGGUCUCACCCGCCCGUGGGGCAGCUUCCCUUGGCAGGCAGCCGCCUCUGCCUCUACGAGGACGGCACGGAGCUGACCGAGAGCUACUUCCGAGCGCUGCCGGCGCAGACGGAGCUGGUGCUGCUGGGCCCCGGGCAGAGCUGGCGGGGCUGUGCCAGCGACAUCGAGCGGCUCCUGGCCGCCUUCUGCAGCCAGCAGGGCGCUGUGGUGGAGGCUGCGCGGAGGCUGCUGACGGACGAGCGGGCUCCCCACAGGCAGAAGCUGCUGGCGGAUCUCAUCCACAACCUGAGCGAAAACAUCCUGGCCGAGGACAAGGAAGAGGACAAGAAAUGGUUUGAAGGGCUGGAGUCUCGGUUCAAGAACAAAUCCAGCUACCUGCGGCAUAGCUGUGAGAGCAGAAUGCGGGGCUACAUGAGAGAGGUUACUGGUUUUAUUUCAAACGUUCAUCCUUCAGCACGAGAUGCCUACAGAGGGAUAAUCGACCUGAUGGCAGAAAAACUGAAAUCUGUGAAGUACAACGGGUGCUACUUUGACAGAAGGGAGGAGGAGGAGGCAGCACGCCUGUGCACUGCAGAGGGGUGGUUCUCCUGUCAGGGACCUUUUGACAGAGAUGACUGCCCGUGUAAGCAUUCCAUCAACCCCUACAGCAACAGGGAAAGCAGGAUCCUCUUCAGCACCUGGAAUCUCGACCACAUAAUUGAGAAGAAACGUGCUGUUGUCCCAGAACUGGCAGAAGCUGUCAAAACACGAGACGGGAGAGAAGUGAACUGGGAAUACUUCUAUCAGCUGCUGUUUACCCUGGAUAAUUUAAAACUCGUACAUAUUGCUUGCCAUAAGAAAACCAAUCAUAACCUCAGCUGUGACAAAAGCAGAAUUUACAGAAAGAGGAAGCAAACCCAGGAGAUUUCCUAGUGCUGUCUCUGGAAGGGACCUGCUGCUUUUUUCAAUCAUGUCAGUCUGUUGUUUUUAAAUAGCUCAAAUUUCUUAAAUAAGAACUAUUUGGCACAAGACUGGCUGGGUAACCCAACCAGAGCCUCACAAAGCACACUCCAAUAUCCCAUUUAAUUCUCUUCUCCUGCCUUCCCACUCCUUACAAGCCUCCCUCAAAUCAAGCUCAAAUCAAGUGUGAUAAAGGUAGAAAAUGAGCCAGAGGCUGACUCUGACUCUACCCCGUCAUCUCUGGCCAGCAUUGACCCAAAACUCACACUACACAGAAAUGAAACUUGGACAAAACAUUUUUUACAAACUAACUGCAGGGGCUCAUAGACUCCUAUUCCUCUGGAUUUUAAGCCAAACAAAGAAGGAUUUAGGAUCAUGUUUGAUCUGUGCCUUUUGCAGGUAGUUUCAGGAAUGCCAAAGGUGGUUCAGCAGCAGAGCUGCCACCUCACCUGUGCCAAACUCCUGCCCUCAUCCCCACCUGCCCCUUUGCCAUUGCUUCAGAUGUGCAUCUCCGAGAAAGAACAGCAAGCCCCUGAGAUUUUUUUGCUUUUUCCACCUUUGUUUGCCGUCUUCCCUGCUGAUUUCCUUCUCCUUACUAACACUUUCUGCCUCCAGCUUGAGUUUUACUUGAUGCACUGCCAAAAAGGGCAGCUACGAUGAUCAUGUUUACAGUAAUGUUUACCCACUGCCUUGGAGAAUAUUGCUUUGGUAAAACAUUUCCUACCUCAGGCAACAAAUCAGGAAUAGUUCAAUUUUUUACUUGAAUUUUUUUUUUUUUUUAAUAGCAACUGAACUUUUGGGAUUGUCAAUGUAAAUCGUGUGAACAUUUUAAAUAA